CUAACAUGUAUUUACUUUACUUAUGUUCACGGCAUUCUGUCUUGUCCCGCGGUUAUGUGUGGUGUUUAAACGUGCAAUUAAUGCAUCUACAGUCGUUCUAGUAUCUCUGAUGUAGAGCAUCAAUGUUAAUUCUCAUAAUAGCCUCGUCUUACGUAGCAUAGGCCUACGCUACAUGAAAACAAAACGGUACUGUGGAACCAUAUUUCCACAAGUCCGUGCCUCCUGACGAACGCAAUUUCCGAUGCACGCAGAACUGCUAUAGGUCCGCUCAUGGCUGAAGCCGUCUUCCAGGCGCCGAAACGCCGUGUUAGAGUGUAUGAAUCAUAUGAAGCACCCUUCCCUGUUCCAGUAUCUGCAGAGGAUGCUCAAUUUCAACAACACCACGUCUAUAGAGCAGAAAUAUUGAAUCAGCAUGUCAUUGUCAGGGAUCCCGACCACAUACAAGCCAUAUAUGGAAAGGGUUUUUUCGGGAAAGGCAUUUUGUCAAGGAGCAGACCAGAGCAUAGCAUCUCUGAAAAAUGGAGGAAUAUCAACGACAGAUGUCUGCCUGUGAUCUCAUUCACACAGUACCAGCAGCGUGUAAACUUGGCUCGGGAUGUGCUCCUAGCACAGGGGUUGGAUGAGGAGGAUGCCAAUCAGGUGCUGGAGAAAUACACCCACCCUGUCAAGUUGGAUCUGACUGGAGGAACAGAAGAGGAGGAGGCACCCAAAGAAGCUAUGCACUGCCCUGUUAUGGGAGAGGAAGUGGGGAGAUCUCCUGACCUUGGGUCCCCAGGGCCUUCUGGCUUUGACGUCUGUGGAGGCGAAAGAACGGGGAACGCCGACUCUGACUGCACUGGAGCUGAGGGGCGGAGGCGCCAGGGGGAUGCGAGGUAUGACCCCCUGGCCCGCCUGUACCCCUCUGAGCCCGCGGUGGUGGACCUCGAAGCCCUGUCCAGUGUAAAGUGUGCCAAGCACGAUGACUGGAUAGCCCACUGUGGCUGCCCAUUGAAUAGUUCCAUGCUGAGGACGGACAUUCCAGCCAACGGGAAGGAGCAGAGCCCUACUCUGACCUCGGGGUACCAGUAUGUCCUUGUGGAGGAGCAGGAGCAGCAGGAGGGUGUGGAGGCUGGAGACAACAGCUCUUGCAGUAUGAACCAAAUGGAAAGAUUUGUAUGCAGGGUGAACCCCUUUGCGAUCGUGGAGUACCUGCAGCUGAGCCUGGAAGAGGCCUUCUUCUUGGUAUAUGCUUUAGGAUGUUUAUCAGUUUAUUACAAUGAGGAACCAUUUACAAUUAUUCACCUGUGGGAAGUGUUCAAGUCAGUUCAGCCAAACUUUGAGACUUCCUACAUGGCUUACCACUACUUUCGCUGCAAAGGGUGGGUACCCAAAGUCGGCGUGAAGUACGGAACUGACUUCAUGCUGUACCGCAAAGGACCUCCAUUUUAUCAUGCAAGGCUGUUCCCCUUCUGCAGCUAUUCUGUGGUGGUGGAGAAAGUGGAUGAUUCCUUCAGGGGGGCAGCGAUUCGACCAUUCAGCUGGCGCUCAUUAGCCGCGCUCAGCAGAAUCACAGGAAACGUCUCCAAGGAGCUGAUGCUCUGUUACGUCAUCAGGCCAUCGGAUAUGACGGAGGAGGAGCUGUCCUCCCCAGAAUGUAUCAAGAGGAUCAAAGUUCAGGAGAUGAUUGUGAGCAGGUGGAUAUCCUCUCGAGAGCGCACAGACCAAGAGGAGCUGUGACCCCAGUCUCAUGUGCUUUUCUCAGGGCCAUCAGCUUUCUGCACCAUUCUAUUUCUGUAGUUUUCUCUGCUUUCAACAUAAUUGUUACUUUUACAUAUAUGUACAUAUACACAAUUACACUCAUACCACUAUAA